CAAUGAAGGCGACACUUCUGUCUGUGUGUGUAGUUCUCGUGUGUGUCGGACACUGCUCAGGCUUAAAGUUCGCUCAUCGUUUGGAGUCAUGUGAAGCGUCCGGGGGUCAGUGCACACGAGCCACAAAAUGUGAAGGACGGGUAGCCGAUGGUUAUGGAGACUGUAUGAGGGGGAAGGUGUGUUGUCUAUUGGACUUACCGUCAGUGGAUGUUCCCUCUGGACAAGCGGACCACCAGCCUCAGGAAUCUGUUGUAGAGGAACACACAGGUAGUGUAGAACCUGAAGGACAGGUGGACAUACCUCAUCCAGGGACUUUCCAAUGUGGUAAGAUAACAAUUUACCCGUCCACUGUCAACCCUCGACUGCGGAUAGUAGGCGGUCAGUCAGCCUUGGAAGGCGAGUGGCCAUGGCAAGUGUCAUUCCAUGACGUCACUGGUCACUUCUGUGGAGGAAGUCUAAUCAAUGACCAGUGGGUUGUCACGGCUGCUCACUGUCUCCAGAGACACACUCCGACAGAUGUGACGAUAUACCUAGGGGAACACCAUCUUGAUAACGUUACUGGAAACGAAAAUAAAUUGACAACUUCUGAGUGGGUAGUUCACCCAACCUACGCACCCUCCCAAAGAGGGACACCAAACGACAUCGCCCUGGUCAAACUGGAUAGGGCGGUAGACAUAACCGGAAAUUACGUUCGGACAGCAUGUUUACCGGGGUCCAUGGAUGUGUUUGACGAAACUGACCACUGUGUCAUCAGCGGCUGGGGCAACUCCAUGGGGACUGCGGACGAGAAAUACCUACAACACAUUUCCGUACCCAUCACACCGUCAUCUGCCUGUAACGACAGCUGGAAUGGCGUCAUUAACAACGGACACGUCUGUGUGGGGCAUGGAGAUGUUGGCGCAUGCGGAGGGGAUUCCGGUGGACCUCUUGUCUGUCUCCGGGAUGACCAUUAUAUUCUGGUUGGUGUGACGUCAUGGGGAUCAUUUUCCUGUCAGCAUUACGGUUACCCCAAUAUCUACACUCGUGUCACAUCUUAUCUGGAGUGGAUCAAGUCUGUUAUCCAGUAAAUUCAUGCAGGUUGCAAUACAUUUUUGGCAAUAUCACGUCUUUGAAAUGAUAAUAACUGCUGCUAUUAACCAUUGAGACAACAUGUGUUGAAUCGUGUUAGCGUGGUUUGCAUAUCGACUAAUGAAAUUUUUU